GAUUUGUUUUCUUUGUCGCUAUUAAUUAUUUUGCAUUUCCGCGUACACUUUUCCCUCAUUUAAUAUAUUAAGCGUUUGUCAUGUGUAUACAUGGCAAUAUACAGGGUCUAGCUCCUGGUUUGUAAAAUUAAGUAACCUAAUUUCAUAGUGGGGUUUAGUGUGGGAGCAUAAUGUUUAGAUUUUAUUUUGAGUAAUAGCAGAACCGUAUGUAUUUUGAAGAUGCGACCGGAAGUUGUCUUCUGGCUGGACGGCCCUACGCGCACAUCUAAUGCGCAUUACGUCACUACCCCGUUUCUACGUUGGAGAAGGGCGCGAGAUAGAAAUCCAGGAGCGCGGACAACUCGGGUUCUCCAGAUGUUCACAACAAUAGUAGCUGGCACUGAACCGUGAUCACGAACACUGGCUGCUUUUUGAAAAUAUCAGACACACGGAAUACAGCGGUACAGUACUGAAUGUACGUGCACAUGACGUGCAACGGCAGCAGGACAUAUCACCGUGUGACCGUAAGCAUCAGAAACAGAGGGAAAUGUCUUGGCGGCCGCGCGGUGAGGAUGGGGAGGAGGCCGUGCACCCAGACACUGAUUCUGAUGUGGCAGAGCAGAGAGAUGGUGGGAAAGUGAAGGUGAAAUGGACACAAGAGGAGGAUGACAAACUCAAAGCUCUGGUUCAAAAACGGGGACCAAAUGAUUGGAAAUAUAUUGCCAGCUACAUACCAAAUCAUAGUGAACACCAGUGUCAGCACCGUUGGUUUAAGGUCUUGGAUCCAGAACUGGUUAAGGGUCCUUGGACUAAAGAGGAGGAUGAGAAGGUUAUAGAGCUUGUAAAUUUGUAUGGCAACAAACAGUGGGCAAUUGUAGCCAAGCAUCUGAAAGGCAGACUGGGGAAGCAAUGUAGAGAACGCUGGCAUAACCACCUCAACCCCGAUGUGAAGAAGUCCUCGUGGACUGCAGAGGAGGACCUCAUCAUCUACAAGGCUCACUGCUUUCUUGGAAACCGCUGGGCUGAGAUUGCAAAGCUGCUCCCUGGAAGGACAGACAAUGCAGUGAAGAAUCACUGGAAUUCAACCAUCAAACGCAAGUUAGAGAUGGGCUUCUAUGCUGGGGAAGUCUUUAAGCCUAAUGAACUUGAAGAGCUGUUGGCCUGUGUUAAUAAAGAUGUACAGAUGCCUAGUUGCUCGCAAGAUAUUUCAGAUAAGAAUCCAGAGCAGAAGACACAUCUUUCAUUGCUGGAAGCACCGAUCUCAGCGCUUGUUGAAGCCACCUCCAGUGAAGCAGGGCCAUCAAAGAUUCUCGCGUCGCCAAAGGACAGCUUGAGCCCCAAGUCUGAAGCAGACACUUCUGGAGAUGUUAACAUGACCAGCUGGGUGGUAGACAGCUCUGGGCUUCUCUCUCCCAGUGGCCCAGCACUGAAGGAAGUGCUGGACAUGGUGGAUGGGGAUCUCGAUGGCUGGUGCAAUCUAGCAGCAUUUGACCUGCCUGAGGACAGUCCAAGCCCAGAUCGUCAUCAGUUUCGUCUGGAGGGGAGCGCCUUGCAGGAGCUGAGCAAGUGCAGCAAAGGGGAACUUAUCCCCAUCUCUCCAGGAGGGGUCACGCCGCCAACCAUACUGAACCGCCGAAACAGGAGACGCAUUGCUUCAUCUCCCAAUACCAGUAACUCCAUGACUCCUAAGAGCACUCCUGUCAAGAUCUUACCCUUUUCACCAUCUCAAUUCCUCAACAUGUGGACCAAGCAGGACACUCAUGACCUGGAGAACCCGUCCCUCACAUCCACACCUGUGUGCAGCCAGAAAGCCAUUGUUACUACGCCACUACAGCGAGAUAAGACCCCCCUCACUCAGAAGGAAAACUCAGUAUUUGUUACACCCAACCACAAGUCUGAACUCUGUAUGACUCCAAGAACUCCGACACCGUUCAAAAACGCCAUGGAGAAGUAUGGUCCUCUGCCACCUCUGCCUCAGACUCCAAACCUUGAAGAUGACAUAAAUGAGGUCAUCCUGAGAGACUCUGGAAUCAACUUGGUCGUCGUACGUUCGACUCCACCUGAGCAAAGACGCAAAACACUGCAUCGCCCUCCUAUGAAGAAAGUGCGAAAGUCACUGGCCUUAGAUGUCUUGGACUGCCAUUUGCUGCCUUUAUAUAAACGCAAAUCCAUAAAAACUGAAGCCAAACAAAGCAUUAAGGAAGAACCUGUUGUAGCUCCUCUCAGCUCCUCAUCAUUUUGUAGCAAGCAACAUGAAAAUAUUUUGGAUCAGGGCUUCCUUUUGGGUCCUAGUGACAGUGCCAUGUUUCCCAGCACUAUGCAUCCAGUUCCAAUGUCAAAAGAAUGGGAGACAGUUGUUUGUGGACAAACUAAAGAUCAGCUCAUAAUGACUGAGAAGGCCAGACGCUACCUUCGCUCACUAAAAUCCAAUGCACCCAGCCGGGCUCUGAUUCUCUCCUGAGGCGGUGCUCAUCUUUACAACACAACAUGUUAACACAGAGAGAACUUUAUAUUAAAAUCAGUUGCAGUGCUGGGGAAAAAAAGAAUAUGUCAUGUAGGUUUAGUGCAGUUUUCGAACAGGUGAUUAGCAAUCAAAACAUUGCAUUGUGUAGCUCUGUCAAUAAUAUGCAAGAGAAUGAUGGUUUUAGAUUUACUCUCUCUCCAGUGGCCUUGUGCUAAGCUUGAAGAUUGCAUUUCAUUCUAUUGUCACUUGCAUUUGAAAAGAACAAAAAAAUCACUGUGAUACACUUUUGUUAUCACUGAAAAGACAUAGUUUUAUAUUGCAUAAUGUAUCUGUAAUUUAACUGUUUUAAAAUUGAGUACAAACCCUCAGGUUGAACCUUCAUACCUGAAUGUGUUAUAUAACAUACUGUAGUUUUGAUUGUGAUCAGUCAUAUGUCUUGGGAUGAGUGAUCAACGUUGAAAAUGUUAAGUGGACAUUGUCUUGUAAGAUUUGUUUAAUAUACUGUAUGUAUCAAUUGAUAAUAUAGAUUAAGCCUUAGAAUUUCACACAGGGUAAAUAUUACAUAUGUUAAAAAUACAAUAGCGAUUGCAGCACACAUCAGUAACCUAUCCAGGUGACAUUCAACUUAUUAAGAUCCAAUGUGGGGAUGAAACAAUUGGUUUUACAUGCAAUACUGAAGUAGCUAAGGUGUAAUGGUGACAUGGAAACUAUACCAACUUUUGAUAGCCGUGGUAUUAUGUUAUUUGGCAUUUGUAAAUAACAUUUUGUUGAGAGAUUUAAUAAAACACCAAUAAUAUUGUAGCACUGAAUGAGAGACACUUGGCAGAAUCCCCAACGCUUGAGGGAUUUUGUGAUGGCUGUGGGUUACC